GCUUCCAAUUCCAAGGAUUCAUUUAUUAGGUUUGGCUUUGUAAACAUUUAUUAUUGCUUUACCCAACUUAUGGAGCUAUUCAGUCUAAUUAUUUGAAUUUUGUUUUGUAUUUUAUGCUUUUAUUUAUUAGAAAAAGUGAAAAUGGCGGAUUCUAAUAAAAAAUGAAGGCUAUUAAAAGGCACGUGGCAGCACAAUCCCAACUACCUCAACCGCUUCAGCUUCUCCUUCAAAAUGAUGUUUUACCAAAUUACAUCUAUGCCCUUAUAGAUUUAUAUUUAAUGGACUGUUAAUGCUCUCUAACGAGAGGGGUAUUAACGGGGAAAGGCAAAAUCAUUUUUUCAAAGCACUCUACCUCUGCUUUUCCCACCGCUUUUUCCUAUUUAUAUUGGUAUUGUUUCUCAAGCAUUUCAGCUCAAUCCAUCUGCAGCAACAGUACAAUUUUGUGAGCUACCAAGCUUUUCCAAUGGAUGCAUCGAACGGUUUGGGGGAUUUUGAAAAGACAUCUAAUCAUGAUAUCAAAUCUUUCUUCGAUUCAUCCCCUCCUCUGAAGAAUGCUGCAGAAAUCAAAAGAAAAACUGAUGAAUUCAUUCAAAAGAAUUCAAAUUCUGAAAACCCUAGGAGGAUAGUGUUGGUGACCUCUGGAGGGACAACUGUUCCUUUGGAGCAACGGUGUGUUCGUUACAUUGAUAAUUUCAGCUCAGGCCAUCGAGGAGCGACUUCGGCAGAAUAUUUUUUGAGAGCUGGAUAUGCAGUGGUGUUCCUUUAUCGCGAAGGAACCUACCAGCCAUUUUGCACAUCUCUUCCAAACAAUCCAUUGCUCGAAUGUUUACAAGUGACUAAGGAAUCAAAUAUUGCAGCAUGUCCACAAUAUGAGAAAACAGUCAAGGAAGCUAUUAUUAACAGUCAUGCGGCAACUAGCUGUGGCACCUUGUUGAAACUUCCCUUCACUACAAUCUUCGAGUAUCUUCAGAAUUUGCAGUUGAUUGCAUCAUCAAUGAGUAGCAUUGGCUCAUGGGCCCUGUUUUAUCUCGCUGCAGCAGUGUCUGAUUUUUAUGUUCCUUGGGAGAGCAUGGCAGUGCAUAAGAUUCAAUCCAGCUCAGGUCCUCUGGACAUGCGACUCGUCCAGGUUCCGAAGAUGCUGUUGGUGCUGAGGAGAGACUGGGCUUCCAAGGCCUUUUGUAUAUCAUUCAAGCUAGAGACUGAUAAGAAUAUUCUUCUGAAGAAGGCCGGUACGGUUCUUGAGAAAUACAGCAUGGACAUGGUGGUGGCUAACGAGCUCCUAACACGUAAAGAGGAGGUCAUCGUCGUCACCAAGGGUGGAAACAUCGUUGUUAAACGAGACACAACUUGGGCCGAUGUUGACGUGGAGGAGCCACUGAUCAAACUCAUUGUGGAUCAGCAUUCUGCAUCUGUAAGCUCUGUCUCAUAACUUCACAUUCAAUUGUGAGAUACAAAAAUCAGCAAAUGAUCAACCCUUUUUCUCUCCA